CAGCAGCACAAACGAAACUUUUGGCAGUACAAACGAAGCACAAGCGGACGGUACCAUUUUGGCUCCAUUUGGAGGAAAAGGGGGGCUGGCUGACGUCCUCGCUACAACAUCAACCAAAUCGUAGCCAGGGAAUUAAACGAUGGACCGAAAAAAAGCGGGACAAGGAUGAUGCUGCCGAGUGCGCAAAGCUCACCAAUAUGGUUUUCUAAAGACCAACCGCAGAGGAAAAUGGCAAAGAGCCAUUCAGGUUUAGGGCACAACACGGGCUAAUUCGUGUGCUAAUAUCAGUCUCAGUGUCUUUUUAGGCUCAAAUCUUUCCCCCCGUGGUCAGCGCUGCAAUAGUGGAGUCACGUGAUACAGCGCUAGUCUGCCAUUGGCCCGGUUGGAUUUGAACCUGAAACAUGGCGCCCAGCACGCCGCCGGACCGGACACGACUUGGUUCCAAACCGCCAGUGUCUUUUAGGAAUGAAGCCAUCCAUCCAUCCAUCCUUCCUGCUUGCCUGCAUUUAGCUCCAAAACGUGACAACCUGCUCAUUUGACGUUGCCAAGAAAAGAUGGGAUCCGGAAAUGUCUGGACAAAAGUGAGAUCGCGUGCACACGUACAAAGGGCCUCCGCGGGAACGCGCUCUUCCAAGGGCGCUGAGGAGCGAGCGGAGGGAGACGGUCUGAUAGUCACAGAGAUAAUUUUGUAGCUUUGUUUUACGAGUUGAAAGAAACACCCCAACAACAACUUUUCUCUCCCCGAGUGGCCGGCGGAAUGACAGAAGGUGGACUGGAUUUCAGUCUUUGAAAUGAUUCAGCAUCUUGAAACUGGUUGAUUAUCGUGAGAAGAAAUAUGCCUUAUUGAUUUUUUUGGGGUGCAUAUAUGAUUUCAGUUUAUCUCUGUCAUAUUUGAUUCUUGUCAGCCAUGCAGGUGGCACCAUUUGAAAACAAACUUGCAACUGGCCAUCAAAUCUUUUUUUCUUUUGUAACUACCUGAAAAGAAGGCAGCUCGAAUUUUUUGGUGUUUAAAAAAAAAAGAAAGAGGCGUGACUCGACGUCUUCCUUUCCAUAUCUUUUGGCAAUAGAUGAAAAAAAUGGAUGUGGACUCUUUCGACGUGGGCCGCACUUGAGUACUGGCCAAUUGGAAGGCAGCACGUGGACUGACUUUACAGUCCCUGAAAUGAUUCAGCGUCUCCAAACUGUUUGACGAUUAUUUAUCUCAUGAAAGAAAAUUCGUCCUUCAGUGACGUUACACCCCGGCACGCACGAGAGCACCGAAAUGGCUGGCUUCGACGUGGGUGGGUUGGUGGGUUACACUCGCCUGCAUCCAGGCAUCAAUCGUCAACGAGCAAAUACCGAAGCUUUUUUUGCCAACGUCACAAGAAAAGUAUCAAUUUGAGAACAAAGUUCCCCUUAACGGGAGGUAAGUUUCGUCUUCUUUUCUCCGCCCGUUCCCGGCAAAGUGACGCACGCUCAGGCCGUCUUGGCUCCAUUUAAGGUCAUUUCCUUGCCGUCAAUUGGAAUUUGACCAAUUGCGCAUGCGUGGCCGAGAGAGUUAGGUUUGGCUCCUCCGGUGGCUUUGCCCAGGCCGUCUUGGUUUGUGCGUGCGUGUCAUUUUGGAGCCAACUACUGUCAAGCACCCUGCCAGGCUUCUUCUGCUGCCAUCAACACUCUGACCCGACUGCAAAGAAAGAUGGAGCUUCAGACCAUGCAGGACCGUUCCGGCACCACUGACGACGGCGUGUCCGAAGGAGCAUCGGAGUCUGUGGUCGUCGGCCGCUCAGAGACUUCGUUGGCUUUGCAGUUUCUACGUCCCUCUGAUCGGAGACAAGACACCACGCCAUGGUGGCGUUUGUUUGUUCAGAUACGCUGGGGCUCCAUUCUGGCGGUGGUCCCGACGCUCCUCUUGGUCGUGCUUGUCAUCCAAAACAUCGUCUUCUACCACUUGAACAGGCCUCAGGACAUCGUCAAAGAGUUGGGCGCGCUGGUGGCGACUUUGCCCAACAGCAUCCCGGACCACAAGUGCACCGACUUAGCCUGCCACUGGGCGGCGCUGCAGACCGCAUUGGCAGAGCUGAAAGCGAGUCACACGGCGAUUUCCAGCGACCUGGAGAAGAGUCAGACGACAUUGGCGGACCUGAAGGCAGGUCAGGCGGCAUUGGCAGAGCUGAAGGCAGGUCAGGAGGCAGGUCAGACGGCAUUGGCAGAGCUGAAGGCGAGUCACACGGCGAUUUCCAGCGACCUGGAGAAGAGUCAGACGGCAUUGGCAGAGCUGAAGGCGAGUCACACUGCGAUUUCCAGCGACCUGGAGAAGAGUCAGACGACAUUGGCGGACCUGAAGGCAGGUCAGGCGGCAUUGGCAGAGCUGAAGGCAGGUCAGGAGGCAGGUCAGACGGCAUUGGCAGAGCUGAAGGCGAGUCACACGGCGAUUUCCAGCGACCUGGAGAAGAGUCAGACGGCAUUGGCAGAGCUGAAGGCGAGUCACACUGCGAUUUCCAGCGACCUGGAGAAGAGUCAGACGACAUUGGCGGACCUGAAGGCAGGUCAGGCGGCAUUGGCAGAGCUGAAGGCAGGUCAGGAGGCAGGUCAGACGGCAUUGGCAGAGCUGAAGGCGAGUCACACGGCGAUUUCCAGCGACCUGGAGAAGAGUCAGACGGCAUUGGCAGAGCUGAAGGCGAGUCACACUGCGAUUUCCAGCGACCUGGAGAAGAGUCAGACGACAUUGGCGGACCUGAAGGCAGGUCAGGCGGCAUUGACAGAGCUGAAGGCAGGUCAGGAGGCAGGUCAGACGGCAUUGGCAGAGCUGAAGGCGAGUCACACGGCGAUUUCCAGCGACCUGGAGAAGAGUCAGACGGCAUUGGCAGAGCUGAAGGCAGGUCAGGAGGCAGGCCAGUCCGCAUUGGCAGAGCUGAAGGCAGGUCAGACGGCAUUGGCAGAGCUGAAGGCGAGUCACACGGCGAUUUCAAGCGACCUGGAGAAGAGUCAGACGGCAUUGACAGAGCUGAAGGCAGGUCAAGAGGCAGGUCAGACGGCAUUGGCAGAGCUGAAGGCGAGUCACACGGCGAUUUCCAGCGACCUGGAGAAGAGUCAGACGGCAUUGGCAGAGCUGAAGGCAGGUCAGACGGCAUUGGCAGAGCUGAAGGCGAGUCACACGGCGAUUUCCAGCGACCUGGAGAAGAGUCAGACGGCAUUGGCAGAGCUGAAGGCAGGUCAGACGGCAUUGGCAAAGAAGGUGGUGGACCAGCCCACACUUAACAGGGAACUCAAAGGUCUCAUUCCCAGAGACUGCAGUGACAUCAUGGCGGCGGGAAAGUCCCAAAGUGGAGUCUAUGUCAUCUUUAGCGGGUCCGUCAGCUUUGAGGCUUACUGCAACAUGCGGCAGGACGGGGGAGGCUGGACCGUGAUCCAGAGGAGAAAGGACGGCUCCGUCGACUUCUUUCGGGGUUGGAACGACUAUCGCAAGGGCUUUGGAGACCUCGCCGGAGAGCACUGGCUCGGCCUGGAAAACAUCCACGCUCUGACGGCCUCGGGCGUUUACCAGUUGCGGAUCGACUUGACCCUAUUCGACCACCGCACUUACUACGCUCUCUACGACGACUUCUCGGUGGGCCGGAACUCGCUGGACCCCGACAAGGACGGCUACCCGCUGCUUGUGAGCGGCUACUCCGGAACCGCAGGCGAUAGGCUCACCGGCCAGUCUAGGAUGAAGUUCAGCACCAAAGACCGCGACCAAGACGCCCAUAGUGUCAAUUGCGCCAUUGAUUGGAAGGGCGCUUGGUGGUACAAAGACUGUCACGACUCCAACCUGAACGGGCUGUACAAGGCAACCGGCACCUGCGACGGUACCAAUGCAGUCUGGUGGGGUCCGAGCUCAGGUUAUACCUGCCUGAGAUUUGUGGAGAUGAAGAUCCGGCCCAGAAAGUGAGCGGUUGGCCGGCGGAGCCUGGGAACGGCAUCCCCGCGGGAUCACGUGGGUGCUGCCCGACGUCACCCAUUUGCGCAGCGCCCGUCAAGAUGUAAGAUGGCGCUGCGCAAAUGUGUGUCGGAUUUGGCCCGGGCAAAUCGGCUCAAGCGCAAUUCCGAAUCUCACCAGGAGCUUGACACGAGAGAGACCUGACAAAGGCUUAGUUAGAAGUUAGUGCCUCAAAAUGAAAGGGCAGUUUGGCGCUGUUGCACUUCCAAAUUUCACCAGCAGACGGUGCCAUAUUUAGACUGACGUGACAUGGUAAAUCCGUCGUUCGAUUAGUCGAAGUUACACACACACGCUCACUUUUGGAUCAUUUUAGCGUGUUUUGCUUUGCUAUCACAAAAUCCCUUCCAUCUGUCAACAUCAGGAGUGCUCAUAGGUUAGCUCCGAUUGAUUAUGUGUUAAGUUAGUGAGUGUUCGAUGAAGUUGUCUUUUGCAAUGACAUGGGUUCAAGUGAGGGUACGUUUGACAUUCUCUUGCUUUGCCAUGAAAUGAGUAACAGCUGAAGCGUUCCAAUGGCAUCUGUUAAAGUAAGGGUACCCACCCAUAACCAUUGUUUAGUUAGGUUGCGUUGAAUAUUGAGUUAGGUUUCAUUUUCUUCCUUUUUUUUCAGUUGAAUAUUUUCAAACAUGGUUUAUUGCUGUUGGUUGGUUGGUUGGUUGGAUGGAUGGAUGGAUGGAUGGAUGGAUGGAUGGAUGGAUGGAUGGAUGAUCAACAUGUAUUCAAUAUGGAUGUUUUAUUCCUACUUGGAUGUAUUCUCACGCGAGUAAGGACUGUUAAAGUAAUCAUCGUUUAGUCAUGUUGUGUGGAAUAUUUCAUUAAAAGUGUUUUAGGAGUUAA